AGAAAUACAUGCUGCGUCGAUGUCGACGUGCUGCAGGUUUUUAGGAUGAAGCACAAAUCGAAAUGAGAAACAUGCGACCGCCUCUCCGCCCGUGUUUGCUGCGUCUGUUCGCAGUGGCCUGCUGCAGCGGAACGUCUUUUUGGCGAUGGCGGCAGCAACACCCAGUGCAGCUGGUCUUCGUGUGCGCGAUUGAUACUUCUCGAACCGAUCAUUUACUGCAGCUGCAUGUUGCAGAUCAGGACACUAAAGACAUCUUUGAUGCGGAGCAGAACGACGGGAAGCAUGAGCUAAACGGGUUGCAUCAGCGCGAAGAGAAGACUGCUGCACUAGUAUCGUCUUCAUCCGCCACCCCGCAGAGCGACCUGGGCGGGAGAACGAGAACCGAUGCAAAAACAUCCGUGCGGGAUCUAAAUGAGGUAAUAAACCAAGAGCAUUUUCAGCCAUCUUCUUCUUCUCUCCAGAAGAACGCCGCCUUCGCUCUGGAGGCCGGAGCGGAACCCCAGCUGCUGCUCCUGCGGGAUGAGAGAAAUAAAGAUCAUACUGGAUCUGGAACACCACAACAAGAUGGACAAGGUGGGCAACAUGUUGUGGAAGAAGUUUCCCAAUCAAAGCAGCGUCUGGCAGUAUCGGACCGCGGCCUUGCGCCGGGCAGACGAAGCCAAAAAAGAUCUCAUUGACGCCCACAGUAGUUUCACGCGCUUGCGGCGAGGAUGCGUAGUGGUGACAAAUGAUGAAGUGCGAUUUCUUCCUACUGAAUUGCUACACAGCUGUGUCUAUCUGAAGAAGAAGAUCAAACGAAAACAUGUACAUGACCACUGCCGUCAGAGGCCCAUAGCCACCUCCGGAGGGUCUUCUAGAGGGGCUUAGAAUACGUGGACUAUCGCAAUAUGAAACGUAAAAAACACAGCGAAGAAAAAGUGCAAAAAAAUUUUAGUAUCAACAGCGACUCAAUGUUGAAAAACAUCUAAAAUCAAUAUGGCCGCAUCCUCCACGGGACCGCCAGCCGUGGCCGGUCCAGCAAGUACUGGGCCACCGACAUCAGCCACGGCAACAAAGCCUGUCCGUGGACUUGAACGGCACAGUGACCCUUGUUCCUUUACCGUUCAAGAAGAAACACUCUGCGUGAGGCGCAGUGCGCUCGAGAAAGCGUUGGGUUGGAAGCAGAACAGCAGCGAGUACGCCGAAUUGCUCAACAAGCUCUACUCUGCAGACCCGGAAGCGCACCAGGAAACGCCGGGGGAAUCUACUUCUGUUCAGCCGAGCAACUUGUGCGUCAGUCACCCACCGGCGGUUUUGCUUCGUUAUCGCGACUCCGUUUCUAUUGUGCCAUCAGUUUCGGCUGGUCCCGGUCUAGUAUUGGACACGCAACAGGAGAUCGACGACAUCGCAGCCGCGAGCGGAUUUUUAAACGCCAGCGCGGCCGCCGGAGCAGGGGAGUUGGAAACGGCCCCCGCUGCACAUCAUCAAGCGCCCAGCAGUAAAUCAUCUGGAACUACGCCACUCAGCGAGGACAAUCAAGCGAAGCUGCCGCAGGAGCCCCAAAGCAACCAAAAUCCACUGGUUAGUAACGAAGAAAAAGCAAUAGUCCAACAAAAAGAUGGGCAGUUCGUGCGCGCCGACGAGUAUGACGAUUUCGCGCCCACGUUUUUGCGAACUGGCGAAGGGGUGUGCGUAUUCAUUGCAAAACUACCGUACUUGUUCGUACUAUUUGCGCUACAGCAUGUCGUGUGA